AUGGCAACAAGAGGCACCAAAGAAACGAUUGUUAAUAAGCUGGGUUUUAAAAGCAAUGGCUCUAAGUCUCUUGAAGCGGAGCUUGAAAAACUCAAAAAGGAGAAUGCACAUUUGAAAAGAUCAUUGGAUGAGAUGUCUAAGCGAAACGGAAAACACCCAGAUUCGGACAAAGCUAAGCUUUUGGAGAGAAUUCUGGCACUAGAGACACUGAGGGAAAAAAAUUCUCAGCAGUUGCUGGCCAAGGACCAGGAAAUAGGCACCCUGAGACAGCAGGUGCGUGCAGCGGGAGGGGAGGUGGUCGCCUCACUGCAGUCUCAGCUGGAUCAAAAGAGAAAGGAGGCAGAGCAGCGAGAGAAACAGUUUCAGUCUCUCUCACAGGAGACGGAGAACUUGAAAAACAAGUUGGUUGCUGUCACUGAGAGAUGUCAAGCACUUGAAAAACGGGACCCAAAGUUACAGGUCCCCUCCGGCGAUGUUGCAGUGGUCCAGGAACAACUGCGAGAUGCACUGGAGAAGAACCAGCACUGGCUUGUUUAUGACCAGCAGCGAGAGGCCUAUGUUAAGGGCAUCCUGGCCAGAACUGCGGAACUGGAGAGGCAGUUAAACCAAGCCAACCAAGCACUCCAAAAACAGCACAAAGAAAGCAAUUCAGAGGAGAAGUCCUCCGUAGCCACGCAGGAGCACUACGACAAACUUCUCCUGACGGCCAAGAAGGAGCUGGAGGCGGAGCGGGCCCAGUUGGGCCGGGUGCAGGCAGAGCUGGCCGAGAUGAGGGCCAAGCUGGAGGAGCGCUGCAGGGAGGUGGCCGAAGCUCAGGGGCAGCUCCAGGCCGAGAGGCAGAACAGCAGGCAGGCGCUGAGCGAGGAGAGGAAGUGCGGGUCCGACCGGGCGCAGAGGCUCCAGGCCGAACUGGAAAGCGCAGACAACAGGCUGGAGGAGGAGAGGAAGAGGACUGCUGAGCUGCUGUUGCAGGUGAAUCUCUUGCAAAAAUCCCUACUGAACCAGCACGAAGAGCAGAAACGAAUCGCUGUACUGGAGCAACAGAUCAAAUUGUCCGCCAAAGAUUUUGAGAACGAAAAGCUUGACCGUCAGAGUUUACAGCAGCAGCUGCAUAAAGUGUUGAAGGAGCUUCGCAAGGCCAGAGAUCAGAUCACGCGCCUGGAGUCUACACGGCAGCAGCGAGAGUCCCGGUUCUCUGAGCCAAGUUCCUAUGACAGGCUGGAGACGGAGCGAAUGACAAUUACAGAUGUCAUGUUGCCUGCAACAUCCCCGUCCAAAACGCCUAACCUGCUGGAUGAGAGUUUCCUGGAGUGUCCAAAGUGCAGGGCCCCUUAUCCCACAAGCCAGCACAGGGAGCUCCUGGCUCAUAUUGACUACUGUUUUGCUUAA